AUCACAAUGGAAAUUCCUCCAGGACUCGAAACAACGAAACGGAAAGUUGCUCACAGUGACGAGCAUGGAUUUUCAGAUCAAGUUCGUGUGCCAAAUGUAAUUGUAAUGGUCGGAUUACCGGCUCGUGGAAAGACGUACAUUUCGAAAAAACUAUGCAGAUAUCUGAAAUGGACUGGAUUCACGACAAAAGUAUUCAACGUUGGAGAGUAUCGAAGAUCAGAUGCUAAUGCUGCUGAUGCUAUUCAUGGAGCAAAUGCGUCGUUUUUCUCGCCAAAUAAUGCAGAUGCAUUGAAAGUUAGAGCUGAAUCCGCCCGUCGUGCAAUGGAAGAUAUGGCCGACUAUCUGAAUUCUGGAACUGGUGGUGUUGCGAUCUUUGACGCCACCAACACCACCAAGGAUCGUAGAAGAAUUAUCAUUGAUUUCUGCAAAAAACAACGUCUUCGAUGUUUCUUCAUAGAAUCUGUCUGCGACGAUCCCGCGAUUAUUGACUGCAAUGUGACUGAUGUGAAAGUCAAUUCUCCUGAUUACAAAGGUCUGAUGACUGCGGAACAGGCGAAGGAAGACUUUAUGAAUCGAAUUGAGAACUACAAGAAACAAUAUGAACCACUGGAUGAAUCUGAGGAUGAAAGUCUCAGUUUUAUAAAAGUUAUUAAUGCAGGACGAUCAUUCAAAGUUCAUCAAGUUCGGGGGCAUGUUCAGAGUCGAGUCGUAUAUUUUCUAAUGAAUAUUCAUCUUUUACCAAGAAGUAUCUACUUGACGAGGCACGGACAAUCCGAAUAUAACGCUAUGGGACGUCUCGGAGGCGAUUCCCCACUUACAGAAGACGGUCAAAAGUAUGCAUCUGCUCUCGCUGAUUUCUUCGAAGAAGAGGAAGUACCGGGACUUCGUGUUUGGUGUUCACAAAAAGUGAGAGCUGCUCAAACUGCUCAACAUUUGAAACCAGAUUUCCAUACUGAAUACUGGAAGGCACUCGAUGAACUGGAUGCUGGAAUUUGUGAAGGAUUGACUUACGAAGAUAUUCUACAGAGAUAUCCGAAGCAAGCAGAUGAUCGAGCAACUGAUAAGUAUCAUUAUCGGUAUCCAAGUGGUGAAAGUUAUGAAGAUGUCGUUAGUCGGUUGGAGCCGGUGAUCAUGGAGCUGGAAAGACAAGCGAAUGUCCUUGUGGUUUCACAUCAAGCAGUUCUUCGAUGUGUACUCGCAUAUUUCUAUGAUCGUCCACUUUCUGAGUUACCAUACAUUGAUAUUCCACUUCAUUCUUUGGUCAAACUGACUCCACGUGCCUACCAUUGUGAUUCGACUAUAUACGCGCUCGAUUUGGAAUCUGGAGAGUGGACCGAAACCAGUGAUCAACUGCCACUUUGCGACAGUCCGAGGGAUUAGGAUUUUCGCGAAAAUCAGCACUACGUUUUCUUGUAUAUUUUUAUCAGCAUUCAUUUUUUCCCUACCGCUUGUAUUAUUUUCUAUGUAAGUUGCAAUUUUUCAAAAAUUUCUGUACGAGUUUCCUAAUUUGCCCAAAACCAAAGUUUUUAAUAAUAUAAAUAUUUAUGAAUC